AUGCGAAUAGUUAUAGAAUCAAAGGCAGCAGUUCUUGAGUUUGCUGCUGAUGUAAAUCGAAUGAGCAUCGUGGAAAAAACGAAUCGUAAGCCGUUCCCAAACGACAAAAAGUCCGCUCCUACCCUUCGCGUGAGUCUGCUAGAGGACAUACAGCAAGAAAACAAAUUAUUCAUUGGAAUGAUUCCUGAGGGGACGACUCUCGAUGAGUUGACCCCGAUGUUCAAACAGUUUGGAAAGCUGGACGAAAUUGUAAUCAUAAAAAACGGAGAUGCCACUGCAAAGGGAUAUGGCUUUUGCCGCUAUGACUCCCGAGAUAAUGCUUUUCAGGCCAUAAAAGCCCUGAAUGGAAAGACCUAUCUUCAUGGAUCGACCACAUCCUUAGUGGUGAAGUUUGCCGAUACACCAAACCAAAAGCAAAACAGAUUGUUGCGCCAGAAACAAACCAAGGGACAGGACGAAUCUCCAAUCGCAAAUCCAAAACAUGUGAAUCUUCCUCUUUUGGGAAAUGAUCCUCUCUCGUACGAAAUGGAGUAUCUGUGUGAUUACCCAACAUUUUCCUUUGGCUGGGAGGGAUCUUCCUAUCCACCUCUUCCUUUCCCCCACUGUGAUAGUGCGCCUUGUUGGGUUGAUUUUUCUUUUUGCAUAAACGGAAUGGACCCUUUGGGACUCUGCGAUUAUCCAUGCAGCAAAGAAGAAAUAGUGUCAUCUGAUUGCUAUACUUCAAACUGCGCUUCCGCGAGCGACUCCCUCAUCCACAUCAUGAAUUUUCCACAGAAGUUGACCGCUGAUGUGCUUCUUCGGAAGUGUAAACUGCUUGGAAAUGUGAACGACGUUGUGAUCUUGUCUCGUUUCCCCUUUUCUUAUGGUUGUUAUUGUACAGGCGUAUUGAAUGUCAAAAUCGAGAGAGCGCAGAUGGAUCCUAUCCUAGUCUCGUACUCUUAUUGUUACGUAUUUGUUGAUACAAUAAAUACUUUACUUUCCUAUUAUUUUUUCCAAACACUAAUCUUAUUACUAGCAUUCCAUCAUUAUCAAAGAAAAGGAACAACCACUGUACAUUUGUCUUUUCAUUUCUUAUUUUACUGGGCUGGUGAGUGGAGCGAAGAGGAACAAUCCCGCUUCUUAGAGGCCAUCAAGCUAUACCAAAAAGACUGGAAUCUCGUGACUCAGCACAUCGGAACUCGUAGUAAGCAACAAGUACAAAGCCAUGCCCAGAAGUAUCAGAAGCACUUAGAUGAUAUUAAGCGCCGAAAUGACCUUCUUAACUAUUGGGCAGAUGCUAGCCAGGACCGCUCGAAAAGGAUAAAGCGAGCGCGCAAAGCCAUCGACUACUCAAUUUACUCCGGUGUGCAGAAACGUAUUAAAUCGAAAGCCUUGCAAAAGCCUGAGACUCAAGUAAUUUCUCAGGUGAUACCUAGUGUGAAUAUUACUACUCAUCGAACUUCCACUGUUAAUAAGUUGCCACUGUCACCCUACUUCUCUAAAUCUUCGGAAAUCCGGAGUGUUCCCUCGGCCGCAUGCACAAUUUCAGGAGCUGACUCGUUUCCCAUUGUAAAUCAGUACGCUGUUUCAGUGAAUCAACCGACUGUGUUGGCCAAGAAUACUCCGCAGACAUUCCCGGGAACGUUUUUAACGAAUGCGUCUUGUAAUACACCUAUAUUAUGUACGUCUAUUCCCAUUUACUCUGUCUAUCACUAUGGAUCCAUGACUGCGCCUCCAGUGUUUUACUCUGGAUCGGCUGUAUAUUAA